UCAUUUUCGUUAUUAUAGGAUAAAUUGCAAAUGGGUUGAAAUAUGAGAAUGGCUCGUAACCAAGAUAAAUCAGGAAUACAACCUCUUAAUGCUAUUACCUUCCAACAAACAUUACCUUGUUCAGCAAAAGCAAUAUGCAAAAAUAAAGAGGGAACACAAUGUGCUGUUGGUGGUAGCAAUUUAUUGAAGAUUUUUAGUAUUGAAGAAAAACGAUUUGUCGAAAAGUUGAAUCUAGUGGCUGGCCCACGCAAGUUAAAUCAUAGCAUUUCAGAUCUACAAUGGCACCCAAUGGAAGAUAACAUCAUAGCAUCAGCUGCUGGAAAUGGUGUUGUCAUUCUAUGGGAUUUGAAUAAAGAACAAAAACAAGAUCAUAUAUUUCAGCAGCAUUAUCGCUUUGUCAAUAAAAUCUGCUUUCAUCCAACUGAUCCAACAUUACUUAUGAGCUGUUCACAGGAUGGAAACAUGAACUGUUUUGAUAUACGUCGGAAAGAUAUUUCUGUUUCUUUUUGUGGCAAAGCAGACAGUAUCAGGGAUGUCCAGUUUCAUAGAACAGAUAAGCAUAUAUUUUGUGCAGCUGGUGAAAGUGGAAAUGUUCAGCUUUGGGAUAUGCGCAAACAUGACCAUUACUAUGCUCAGUUUACUGGUCAUUCAGGGCCUGUUUUUGCAUUAGAUUGGCAUUUAGAAGAAAAACAUUGGCUUGCAACCGGUGGAAGAGACAGUUUAAUAAAAAUUUGGGAUACACAAGCGUGCAAUCAUCCAAUACAUACAAUCGAAACAAUUGCAUCAGUUGCAAGAAUCAAAUGGCGACCAAACUAUAAGUACCAUAUAUCAAGUUGUGCAUUGAUAUUGGAUAACAACAUAAAUAUAUGGGAUAUUCGAAGACCAUAUGUUCCAUUUGCAGCAUUCCAAGAGCACAAAGAUGUUGCAACUGGGUUUGUUUGGCAACGUGAUCCAGAUGUAAUGUUGUCAUGUUCGAAAGAUAAAACAAUAAUUCAUCAUACUAUUCGAGAUGCGGAGAGGCCUGCUUUAAAAGCUCCAUCAAUCGCUCUUGGAUUAUCUCCACGUGGUAUGAUAGGAUAUGCAUUUCCUAACCCAGAAGCUAAGUUAGAUCAUCCAAAACAAAGCAUAAAUGCUAAAAAGCAGUCAAAAUUUGGACUCGAAACUCAAGACUCUCAUCAAGAAUGCAGUAUUGUCAAUGUUUUUGAAAUGCAUUCUAUAUUUGAUGAAAUGUGGAUUUCUUCUCUUGCAAAAGAAUACAUUUUUUUUGGCAAAUCAGUAACUGCAAUGUGCGAGCAUAAUUCUAAGGCAGCUAAAAAAUUGGGUUUCUUUGAAAAAGCACAAGUUUGGGCAAUACUUGGUCAGCUGUACUACCCAAGUUCAAAAACAGAAGUCGAUCCUAGUCCACCGCUUCAGAUUACUACUUAUUCAAACCCAAUGAUUGGGAAAGAUCAUUCAAGAUUGCUAGAUACACCUGAACGCAUUGAUUUCAAAAGCAAUAAUCAAUCAACAUUAAGCUCUGAAAAUGAAAUGGAUCCAGGCCUUCAAACACCUAGUGGUGUUGUAUCUAAUGUUUUUCAAGAUAUGACAUUAGUAGGACCUGAAUUAGAUGCUGUUUUUGGGGAUGAAGACUGUAAUGAGCAACUUUUCUCUGCUGAUGUUGAUGAGGAUGUAGAAGAUCUUGAAGAUCUACCCAGGGAAGCAUUCCAACUUCGCCAGUCUUUUAAUGAUAGGCUUUUUACACAAAGUGAUACAGAGCAAAAAGAUGGACUCAAAGAGGCACUACCAAUUUCUUUGGAGUUACCUCCAUGGAAUUUUGAUAAUCUGGUAAAGGAAGUCCUAUUUUUCUACGCACAGCAGGGUGACAUACAGAUGAGUGUAACUGUGUUAUUAGUGUUGAACAGUUUUGCAAAAGGUAUGGUUGAAAAAAGUAUUCAAGAAGAUUGGUUUUAUGGUUAUAUAGAAAUCUUAUCUCGACUGCAUUUGUUUAAUAUUGCAACUGAGGUUAUAAAUCAUGCACCUGCUCCUGUUAAUACCUUAAACCAGAAUUCUACGGUUGUACAUAUGCAAUGUGGUAUAUGUUAUAAGGUUUUGAGCAGUACAUCACACGGAUGGUAUUGCCGGAAUUGUAAAAGAAGUGCACAAAUUUGUGCAAUAUGUCACAUUCCUGUGAAAGGCUUAUAUUUGUGGUGUCAAGGGUGCGGUCAUGGUGGACAUUUAAAUCACAUAAAAUCUUGGUUUAGUGAACAAAAGUUUUGCCCAAUCGGUUGUGGACACAAAUGUGAAUAUUCGUGAUUUAUUUUUCUGUUCUUUAUUAUGUAUAUGUAAUAUAUAUUUUUUUACUUUCUGUACUUUUGAAACAUAAAAUAUAUAUUUUUGAUUUGAA